UCGGCUACUGCGCCUGCGCGCUGCCUCUGGUUCAAGGACCCGUAUUUAAAGAGACAGGCGUUCUAGUCAUCGUGCGAGGCCCGCGGCCUUGUGGGCUCCUAGGCGGGUGGCCCGUGUGGAGCGUCGGAGCCUGAACAGCCGGGAAGGAAGCUAUAUGACUUUGGCUUUCAAGAUCCUCUUCCCGAGAAACCUUUGUGCCCUUGGCAGAAAAGAACUGUGCCUGUUCCCAGAACAGAAUUACUGGUCUACCAUAAGACAGUUCAGCCAGUGGUCGGAAACAGAUCUCCUUCGUGGGUGCCGCCUCCUCCAGAGAAAAAAGCCUGUCCUAUCUUUCCAGAGAGGUAUUCUAAGACCACGUGCCACCCACCUUGUUUUCUUCCCAGGGUCGCAUGUGGGACUCUGUACUAGCUCCUGUGAGAUGGCGGAGCAGCGGUUCUGUGUGGACUAUGCCAAGCGGGGCACAGCUGGCUGCAAGAAAUGCAAGGAGAAGAUUGUAAAAGGCGUAUGCCGCAUUGGCAAAGUGGUGCCCAAUCCCUUCUCCGAGUCUGGGGGCGAUAUGAAAGAGUGGUACCAUAUUAAGUGCAUGUUUGAGAAACUGGAGCGGGCGCGGGCUACCACAAAAAAAAUCGAAGAUCUCACAGAGCUGGAAGGCUGGGAAGAGCUGGAAGAUAACGAAAAGGAACAGAUAAGCCAGCACAUUGCAGACCUGUCUUCUAAGGCAGCUGGUACACCAAAGAAGAAAACGGCUGUCCAGGCUAAGCUGACAACCACUGGCCAGGUGACAUCCCCAGCGAAAGGUGCUUCGUUUGUCACCAGUACCAAUCCCCGGAAAUUUUCUGGAUUUUCAGCAGCCAAAGCCAACAACUCUGAGCAAGGCCCCUCAAACCCUGCCCCUAAGACAAGUCUGUCUGCAAGUAAAUGUGACCCUAAGCACAAAGACUGUCUACUGCGAGAGUUCCGGAAGCUGUGCGCCAUGGUGGCUGAAAACCCUAGCUAUAAUACAAAGACCCAGAUCAUCCAGGACUUUUUGCAGAAAGGCUCUACAGGAGAUGGCUUCCACGGUGAUGUGUACCUAACAGUGAAGCUGUUGCUGCCGGGAGUCAUUAAGAGUGUUUACAACUUGAACGAUAAGCAGAUUGUGAAACUUUUUAGCCGCAUUUUUAACUGCAACCCAGAUGAGAUGGCCCGGGAUCUGGAACAGGGUGACGUGUCUGAGACGAUCAGAGUCUUCUUUGAGCAGAGCAAGUCUUUCCCCCCAGCCGCCAAGAGCCUCCUCACCAUCCAAGAAGUGGAUGCCUUCCUCUUGCACCUCUCCAAGCUCACCAAAGAGGAUGAGCAGCAGCAAGCCCUGCAGGACAUUGCCUCCAGGUGUACAGCCAAUGACCUUAAGUGCAUCAUCCGGUUGAUCAAACAUGAUCUGAAGAUGAACUCAGGUGCAAAACACGUGUUAGAUGCUCUUGACCCCAAUGCUUAUGAAGCCUUCAAAGCCUCACGCAACCUGCAGGAUGUGGUGGAGCGAGUCCUUCACAAUGAGCAGGAGGUGGAGAAGGACCCAGGUCGGCGACGGGCUCUGAGCGUCCAGGCCUCAUUGAUGACUCCUGUGCAGCCCAUGCUGGCUGAGGCCUGCAAGUCCAUCGAGUAUGCAAUGAAGAAGUGUCCCAAUGGCAUGUUCUCUGAGAUCAAGUACGAUGGUGAGCGAGUCCAGGUACAUAAGAAGGGGGACCACUUCAGCUACUUCAGCCGCAGUCUCAAGCCUGUCCUGCCUCACAAGGUGGCCCACUUUAAGGACUACAUCCCCAGAGCUUUUCCUGGGGGUGAGAGUAUGAUCUUGGACUCCGAGGUGCUCCUGAUUGACAACAACACAGGCAAACCACUGCCGUUUGGGACUCUGGGAGUGCACAAGAAAGCUGCCUUCCAGGAUGCUAAUGUCUGCCUGUUUGUUUUUGAUUGUAUCUACUUUAAUGAUGUCAGCUUGAUGGACAGGCCUCUUUGUGAGCGACGCAAGUUUCUUCAUGACAACAUGGUUGAAAUCCGUAACCGGAUCAUGUUCUCAGAAAUGAAGCAAGUCACAAAAGCCUCAGACCUGGCUGACAUGAUAAACCGGGUGAUCCGAGAGGGCUUAGAAGGGCUGGUGCUGAAGGAUGUGAAGGGUACAUACGAGCCUGGGAAGCGGCACUGGCUAAAAGUUAAGAAAGAUUAUUUGAACGAGGGGGCCAUGGCUGAUACAGCUGAUCUGGUGGUUCUUGGGGCCUUCUAUGGGCAAGGGAGCAAAGGCGGCAUGAUGUCCAUCUUCCUCAUGGGCUGCUAUGAUCCUGACAGCCAGAAAUGGUGCACUGUCACCAAAUGUGCCGGAGGCCAUGAUGAUGCCACACUUGCUCGACUGCAGAAGGAGCUAGACAUGGUGAAGAUCAGCAAGGAUCCCAGCAAGAUACCCAGUUGGCUGAAGAUCAACAAGAUCUACUAUCCUGACUUUAUUGUUCCUGACCCAAAGAAAGCUGCUGUGUGGGAGAUCACGGGAGCAGAAUUCUCCAAAUCUGAGGCUCACACUGCUGAUGGGAUCUCCAUCCGAUUUCCUCGCUGCACCCGAAUUCGGGAUGAUAAGGACUGGAAAUCUGCAACUAACCUCCCUCAACUCAAGGAACUGUACCAGCUGUCCAAAGAAAAGGCAGACUUCACCGUAGUGGCUGGAGAUGAGGGGAGUUCCACUACUGGAGGUAGCAAUGGUGAGAGUGAGGGCACUGCUGGGUCUGCUGUACCCCACAAGGCCCCCAAGACACCUCCCAGUAAGUCCUCUGCCAGUGGCAAGAAGACCGAACAGAAGCUGAAUAACUCCAAUAGCAGAGGUGGCAACAAGGUGAUUCCAAAGCCUUCCCCCAUGAAACCAGGAGACAAGCUGACCACGAAGUCUUCUCCAGUGAAAGUGGGGGUGAAGAGGAAAGCUGCUGAUGAGACCCAUUGCCCGACAAAGGUGCUGUUGGAUGUCUUCACCGGGGUGCGGCUCUACUUGCCACCUUCCACACCAGACUUCAAGCGGCUCAAACGCUACUUUGUGGCAUUCAACGGGGAUCUGGUACAGGAAUUUGACAUGGCCUCAGCCACACAUGUGCUGGGUAACAGAGAGAACAAUACUGAGGCCCAGCUGGUCUCUCCAGAGUGGAUUUGGUCAUGUAUCCGAAAACGGAGGCUGAUAGCCCCCUGCUAGAACUUUAUUCUUUCUCUUUGGGCUGUCCUCGCCUGCCCAGUCUACCACGAGGCUCAGCCUGGAUGGUAGGGGCUUCUUUGCCAAGCAGUGUACCUUCUUAUACCCUCCAACUCUUCAUGCUCCUUUCUGGAUCAGGAGUUAGUUGCUGUGGGCACAAGCAAUUCUCUUGCUAGUUUAACUAGAUCUUUCAGAUCUGGGUGCUAGCUUUGUCUUCUUGUUUAAAAAGAAGCCGACCUUAGUUGUUUGAGGUGCUGAUAACCAACCUAGACCCUUAUGCAUGCUAGGCACAGUGUUGUGCCCUUGAACUACAAUUUUAUAAGUGAGAAAUCUUAAGCCAGGCAUGGUAGUGCAUGAGGAGCAAGAAGUCAGAGGAUCAGGAGUUCACGGCUAGCCUUAAACAAAAAAAGCAUCUUUCCCCCCACCAAUUCCACCUCCGUGACUAAGGAAUGAAGGCUGAGCAGAAUCUACUUCCUUUGUCUGCUCCUUUUUCACUUCCAUGUGCAUCUUAAACUGUAUUUAAACUGUCCUUGCAUGCUUCCUGUAUGUGGCAAAACCUUUAUUUUGCCUGGUCCCUUUUGUCAGGAUGAACCCUCAUGUGAAAGAACAAAGUGGUCCAGCUUGGAGGGAGAGGCUGUCAUCUAUAGGAAAGGUGGAGGAUUUGCCUCCUCAAAGUCUGGACUACUCUCAGGAGUACAGAUCCACAGCCAGGAAAAUCUACACACCCUGCUUUCCAUGGCUCGCUAGCUCCUGUGCCACCUGUGGCAGAUUGCUUGCAAAGCAAAGAUCAUUUCUGUGUACAGCUGCAGAGAAUCUUGUUUGCAACAGUGGAAAUGUCCUAAGUUAGCCUCAUCUGGUUGUCAAGCUCUUGAAAUGUGGCACUACCACCCUCUAAAAAGACAAUUCAAAUGAUCUCAAGUCACCAGUGACCAUCACACACCUUCUGAGCAUCAGUUCCCCAAGAGGAAGGGGCAGAGGCAUUGCUCCUAAAUCACUAGAUGACUGUAACCUCAGGUGCCUUAUGUAACACAUGAGGCACAGAACCUGGUACAGAUGUUAUGCAGGAGGAGACCUGGCUUACCACCUUGCAUGACAAAGUUCACACUUGGCUCUGGGCUUCCCCAGAUACUGUAGUAGACUGGCUUCCAAGUCUAUGCUGUGCCACCUCUGGGAGAUCAGUUCUCUCUUAUUACCAACUCAGCAGGCUCAUCUGCUAUCUCCUGUCAGCUAGGACACUAUGACCAAGCCUCUAAGAUACAGACAUACUACCCCAAGUAUUCCUAAUACCCUACUAGGAGGUUGCUUACUGGUCUGGCUUUGCCUUUCACCUACUGUUUAAAAUGUCCAGAAGGGCCGGGCGGUGGUGGCGCACGCCUUUAAUCCCAGCACUUGGGAGGCAGAGGCAGGCUGAUCUCUGAGUUCGAGACCAGCCUGGUCUACAAGAGCUAGUUCCAGGACAGGCUCCAAAACCACAGAGAAACCCUGUCUCAAAAAAACCAAAAAAAAAAGAAAAAAAAUGUCCAGAGGGAAGACACAAUGUAGAUGCUCUGACAACUAGGGCAGAGUGGGUACAACUCAGUCUGCCAAGUCAGAUACUUUUUAAUCCGCCCUCAAAUCAAAAGCUGCUUUUUGCUUUGAGUACUUACCUGCAUAGAAUCUCCAACUUCCUUGGACCAAGCAGCUAGGUAGAGAGCAUUAAAGAUAACUCUUCCCCACCACACAGGGCUGAAAUUUCAGCUCCUUGUCCCUUGAAUGCCUUACUAUGUAUUCACUCCAGUUCACUGGUGUUUGUAUGUUUCUUCCAGUCUGACAUACUUCUCUCUGCAGGGAGAUUAGACUGUAUGCACACCUUUGUAUCUUUUCUUGUCUCCACCCAACCCUAAGCGCUAUCACCCUAAACCUCCCCUGCUCUUUUGGCCUUGGUUUACAUAGUGCCGGCUAAUGACAGAGUGGCCAUCACUGGAUGCUGAACAGGUCAGCCAUUAGCAAGACUUCUCUCUUUAAGAGACAGGGUAGAAUCCUGUCUCGUCCAGUUCUGCAGUGGGUGACACACUCCUCUCCCUUCCCCUCAGGCACCUGGUCAGGUAGGCUAGUAUAGGCCUAUGUGUAUUUUGCAGUCUGCUCUUUAGGCUGGGCCAUCCUUUGAGCCAUACUUGUCUGUCACAACUGUAUUCACUUAACUGGCUACCUAGUUGUCCUGAGAUCCCAUCCCACUUAGCUCUUGAAGACCCUUUCCCGAUGGGACUGUAAAUAAUUCACAUGGUGCUUCCAUUUGCUCUUGAGAAUCAUCCUUACGCUAGCUCCACUUCUAGUCUGUCCCAUAAUUUCUCCCACACCCUUGCGAUCAUAGGCAAGUCACAACACCAAGCAGGGUACCUUGACCAAGAUCAGGUGGCCCAAACAUUUCCGUAAGUAGAAUGGAGUCUCUGAGGAGCAACAGCUCUAUGAAUCUGGCCAGAUACUUGCCUAUAUUCACUAGUACUUUGGGGCCUCAGGCAUCAUCCCCACACCAGAUAGGACAGGUAUCUGUAUUUAAAAUUUAUUACAAAAUUAUAAAGCAGAGCUCUGUAACAAAAAAUACACAUUUGGGUUUACUUUUUAACAUCCAGGCGAGAAAAUCUUAAUAUAAGCGACUUGGAGCAACACAUUCACAUCCAAGAGAUUUUUUUAAAACAAAUUUGUACAAUAUAGACUAUUAAUUCCUUUACAGCUUAUUAGUUUAGAACUGGCUAUUCCAACCUACAAACCAGUCAGCUGUCUGUCUUUUAAAACUAAGUCUCAAUUGAAAUCUUGGUGCAAUCACAGCGAACUCCACAGAAUAGUUGGAAGGAUUAGGUGUUUCCAUGUUAAUUAAGACCAAGGAUCCGUGAUGAACAGAAAGGGGCUCAAGUACUUAAAAAAAAAUCAGGUUUUUACCUGGGGUGAAUAUUAACUGGAAUGGAAUCUUAGAAUUCCAACUUUCAUUUGGUGUAACAAUAAAAAAGUUGUUUGACAUCUGGAUUUUUUCCCAAAAGAUAAAAGAUUUAAAAAUAA